AUGGCGGCGGGCACGGCAAGGACUGCGGCGGCGGCGGCCGUGAUGGGCCUCGCGGUUGCGGUAGCGGCUGCGGCGCUUCUUUCCCCGGCCGCGGCCGCGGACUUUGACGACGAGGAGGUGACGGCGCUGGUGGUCAUCAGAGCGGCGCUGAUCGACCCGAGCGGAGUUCUCGGCGACUGGGACGACGCGACCGGAGGCGACCCGUGCGGCUGGGCCAUGGUCACCUGCAACCAGGGCAAAGUUUACGAGCUGUCUCUGAGGCAUCAAAACCUCUCCGGUACAUUGUCGCCGGCGAUCGGGAGACUCAGGUCGCUGCAAAAUCUGUAUUUGUGCAACAAUGCAAUUUCUGGCCCUAUCCCCGACACCAUAGGCAGCAUGGAGUCUCUGCGAAGUCUUGAUCUGUCAAAUAAUCAGUUCAUUGGGAAGAUCCCAAGUACACUUGGUGGUAUGGCGAACCUACUCGCUCUUAUAUCUGAUCAAAUGUACAUCAACACAUUUUCAGUUCAACAUGGCCCAGAAGUUUGGCUUGGUCAUCUUAAGCAUUUCAAGUUUAAGGAUAUAAAAAGGGCAACUAAUAACUUUUGUCGAAGAAAUAUUUUGGGGGAGGGGGGAUAUGGAAUAGUAUACAAGGGUUGUUUGCUUGAUGGCACCAUAGUUGCUGUUAAAAGAUUGAAGCAUCAUGUUUUGGAUGCCGGGGAUGAUCAGUUCCACACAGAAGUUGGAGUAAUAGGCUUGGUUGUUCAUCGCAAUCUCCUUCAUCUUACUGGAUUCUGCACUACAAAUGAUGAAAGGCUCCUUGUGUAUCCUUACAUGCCAAAUGGAACUGUUGCUUCAAAAUUACAUGAACAUGUAAAUGGGAAACCAGCGUUAGACUGGUCAAUGAGAAAGAGUAUAGCACUCAGCGUGGCACGGGGACUGCUCUAUUUGCACGAACAAUGUAAUCCUAAGAUCAUCCAUCGUGAUAUAAAAGCCUCAAAUAUUCUCCUAGAUGAACAUCUUGAAGCAGUUAUUGCGGAUUUUGGACUGGCAAAACUUGUAGAUCUUGGGGUGUCUCAUGUUAUCACAGAAGCACGUGGAACACUUGGGCGCAUACCACCGGAGUCUUUGAUGACUGGCCACUCGUCAGAUAAGUCUGAUGUUUUUGGCUUUGGAUUGCUGUUGAUCGAGUUGGUCACCGGCCGAGAGACGCUGGAGCUCCAUCAGAAUGAGUAUGAGAACGGAGGAAUUCUGGACUGGGCCAAGGAACUCCUCGAACAAAAUCAGCUAAGCUCCUUUGUGGACAUGAAGAUAAGAAACAACUAUGACAGUGUCGAGUUGGAGGAGAUGGUUCAGAUAGCGUUGCUCUGCACAAUGUACAAACCUGAGCAUCGCCCCAGGAUGUCAGAAGUUGUUAGGAUGCUGGAAGAUGGAGAUGGUGUUGCAGAGAAAUGGGAGGCCAUGAAAGAUGUUGAGGAGCUGGACCCUGACUCCCCGGGCUAUCUGUUCCCUGUUCUGGAUUACGAUGUAGAUCGAAGCUGCUCAAUUGAGUUGCAAGCCAUUGAACUCUCAGGACCAAGGUGA